AUGGCGCAGAGCAACCCGCCCGAGUUCAUCCUCGAGGCCUUUGCCGAUCCCACCACAGUACAAGAUGUAGUCCGCGGUAUCCUGCAUACGAUAUUCUUCCAUCGCUUCUUCCCGACCCUGACCCCGCAGACGCGCGACGUCCUGGACCUGACCCUGCCUCUGGUCGACGAUGUCGAGCUCGAGACCAUGAUCGACCAGCGAGUCGCCGCCCUCGCCCGCCAGCUCGACAAGCAGCCCCACGGUGGCGGAGGCUCCUCGGGCAGGGGCCAGAUCUCGGUCCAGUUCUUUGAGAAGAAGCGCCGCAAGACCUGGCUCGCCAUGAGGGGCGAGGAGGAGGUCUGCUGGGAGUAUUGGACCGUCAAGGUCACUGUGGCUGAGCCCAGGACUGAGAGUGAGCGCGCAAAGGUCCGCAAGGCUACCGAGGCUACCUUGCUGGCCAGCACUAUGAAAAUCAUCACCUUUGUCAACACACACAAGGAUCAUAUACCGCCUAUAACCACCACCAACGCGAAUCCCUUCCCAUAUCAGAUUUCCGUGAAUCAGCAAGAAUCUAGUUGGACCGGAAGGAUACAGGGAAUAUAUUGA